AUGUCUACGAACCAAGAACCAGGCAUCUCCAGAACAGGAAGAUUUCCAGUGGGAUCUUCAGAUCAGGUCCCUGGUACUCAUGGAGUGGAUUUCCUUGAUCUAAAUGAGGUUCCUUUUGAUAUUAAUGGGGAACCUGGUAUCUUACCUCCCAAUUAUUUUACACAACUGUUGGAUGAGGCAAUUGACGAGUCACCACAGCCACCUGUGAACAAUCACGCCCCGGUUGUUACUGUAGAACCUGCUGCAACAAAUACAUACACAGGUCCUCUUGUUGCUACUACAGACACUACAACAAUAGCACAAGAUGGAAAUGAGGAUGAGGCUUCGUCCCAGCCAAAUGACCCCCAUGUUGGCAUGCGCUAUGAUACGUUGGAGGGGGCUAAGGAGCACUACAAUGCACAUGCUGCAAGGAAAGGUUUCUCUGUGAAAGUAAAUAGUAACAGGAGGUCUACAAUCACCGGAGAGAAACAGAAACAGCAGUUUACUUGCAACAAAUUCAGGAGACCAAGGAAAGAUGAUGGUGGGGCUGAGUUGCAAGUUGAUGUUGGGCCAAUUCCUGAUUCUGUGUCUGAAGAUGAGGCUGAUAUUGAAAAUACAGAGCUUGCUUCCGUUGUGGCUGAUCUUGCUGCUCAAGGGCGAAAAGAAAAGGCGCCCAAGAAGCGUAAAAGAGAAAAUAUUGUGCACACGUUUUGCAAGGCCCAGAUGGUUGUGAAGUUAAUUGAUGGAAGAUGGGAGGUUAUCCACUUUGUGCCUGAGCAUAACCAUCCGCUUAUCCACAAACCAUCUCUCACAAAAUAUCUGAGGUCACACCAAGGCAUGCCAAAGGAGGAAAAGGAAUUUGUGAAGAAUCUUCACAAUACAAAUUUGACAGCUGAAAAUAGUUUGGAAAUUUACUGCAGAGACAUAUAUUUGAGGUUCCGGAACGAGUUUGAGCUGAUUGGGAGGUACAAUGUGUUACCAUUUGGUUGCAACUUUUACAAGCUUGAGCCAAACAGGGGAUGGUGCGCAAAAUAUGGUACUAGGACCUACCUGGUAACCGCUAAUAAGGAAGAAGGGACGUAUUACUGUGAGUGCUCCAAGAUGGACAGGGAUGGUAUACUUUGUUGCCACAUCUUAAAGAUCUUCACCCACCUUGGUGUUGAUGAGAUACGCCAGCAGCGAUUCGUUGAACAGCCAGAUGUUAUGCCUCCAGAAUCACAAGUGCAAUUGCGGCACGCGAACCUUAAUAUGGGAUUCACAAAACUUGCCCGUAUUGCUAGUAGAACAGACGCAGCUACUGCCAUUGUUAACAAACAUUUGAGAGCUGCAGCAACAGAGAUAUCUCACUUGAACAAGUCGCUCAAGAAGAAGAAGCCUGUCUCAGCAGUCCCGUCCACUAGUGCACCUGAUCAGCCUACGAAACCUAGGGACCCGGCAAAAACAACGACUAAAGGGAGGACUAAGGAGCACCGUACAGUUUCAGCUCUUGAGUUGCAUCCAAAGAAAAAAGUUCAGUGUCACACUUGUGGUUCGUUCGAGCACAAUUCUGCAACUUGCAAGCUUAGGUUUCUGUAGUACUGCAGAAACACAAGUCCU